UGGUGUUUGCCAGGUUCUGUUUGUUGGUGCUUGCCAGGUUCUGUUUGCUGAUGUUUGUCAGGUUCUGUUUGUUGGUGUUUGCCAGGUUCUGUUUGUUGGUGUUUGCCAGGUUUUGUUUGUUGGUGUUUGUCAGGUUUUGUUUGUUGGUGUUUGCCAGGUUCUGUUUGUUGGUGUUUGCCAGGUUCUGUUUGUUGGUGUUUGCCAGGUUUUGUUUGUUGGUGUUUGUCAGGUUUUGUUUGUUGGUGUUUGCCAGUUUCUGUUUGUUGGUGUUUGCCAGGUUUUGUUUGUUGGUGUUUGCCAGGUUUUGUUUGUUGGUGUUUGCCAGGUUCUGUUUGUUGGUGUUUGCCAGGUUCUGUUUGCUGAUGUUUGUUAGUUUCUGUUUGUUGGUGUUUGCCAGGUUCUGUUUGCUGAUGUUUGUCAGGUUCUGUUUGUUGGUGUUUGUGAAGGUGCAGCAUGUGUCGACUUUGUGACUUUCCCUCCACAGAGAGUACACAGUCGCUUUGUAGGACAGUUUAGAGAUUGCUGUUUCUGCAGCUCAGAUAAAAGGAUGGGAGGGCUUACUGGCCUGGACGUCACUGCAAACUGCUGUUUAAAGGAAUAACUAUCAGAUUACUUUUCUAGCUGAGAUCUGGAAAAAAGCAUCACAGUGAGCUGGCUGUGAGAAAAAAUAUGUGAAAGAAAAGUGGGACUAACAUUCACGGACUGGGCGAUUUGGCUACUUGAUGUGAAUAUCACUACAUCUGCAUGGUGCAACUGUCCAGUGCCAAGGAAGCCCUGUACACGGUGCCUUGCCACUAGUCAGCUAUUAUCUGGACCCUGGAGCUGCGGAUUUACUGGAGCAAAGAUUAUCUGGUUCCUGGAGCUGAGCAGUUACUGAGCAGAGAUUAUCUGGAUUCUGGAGCUGCGGAUUUACUGGAGCAGAGAUUAUCUGGAUUCUGGAGCUGAGCAGUUACUGGAGCAGAGAUUAUCUGGAUCCUGGAGCUGAGUACUUACUGGAGCAGAGAUUAUCUGGAUUCUGGAGCUGAGCAGUUACUGGAGCAGAGAUUAUCUGGAUUCUGGAGCUGCAGAUUUACUGGAGCAGAGAUUAUCUGGAUUCUGGAGCUGAGCAGUUACUGGAGCAGAGAUUAUCUGGACCCUGGAGCUGAGUACUUACUGGAGCAGAGAUUAUCUGGAUUCUGGAGCUGAGCAGUUACUGGAGCAGAGAUUAUCUGGACCCUGGAGCUGAGUACUUACUGGAGCAGAGAUUAUAUGGUUCCUGGAGUUGAGCAAUUACUGGAGCAGAGAUUAUCUGAGCAGGAACUUGGACGGCUCACAGAGCUAACCGUGCCCCAGGAUUGUGGUCAAUCUCAGACACACACCUUGCACCAUGUCAGAUUAUAAGUCGGCAUUCAGAUGAAGAAUUUUCUCCGAGCUACAAAUGAUAAGUUAUCAGUAAAAUGAGCAGCAUGCUAGCUAGGAAAAGUAUCAUUCCAGAGGAGUACGUCUUGGCAAGAAUUGCAGCAGAGAAUUUACGGAAACCAAGAGUACGCCCUAACAUACGAAAAUCACGAUUUAUUGCCAAGAAUGGUGCAUGUAAUGUUGCCCAUAAAAACAUCCGUGAGCAGGGCCGUUUCCUUCAAGACAUCUUCACGACCCUUGUGGACCUAAAAUGGAGACACACAGUGGUCAUCUUCACCAUGUCCUUCCUAUGUAGCUGGUUGCUCUUCGCCAUGAUAUGGUGGCUGGUGGCGUUUGCGCACGGAGACUUGGACAUUCGCGAAGGGUUACCGCAGCCAGCACCGUGUGUCACCGAAGUAACAUCCUUUACAGCGGCCUUCCUGUUCUCCAUUGAGGUGCAGGUGACCAUCGGUUUUGGAGGGAGAAUGAUGACAGAAGAAUGCUUGCUGGCAAUCUCCCUCCUCAUCAUGCAAAACAUUGUGGGUUUAAUAAUUAACGCCGUCAUGCUGGGCUGCAUAUUCAUGAAGACCGCCCAAUCCCACAGAAGGGCAGAGACUUUAAUCUUCAGCCGUCAAGCCGUGAUCGCAGUCCGAAAUGGAAAACUGUGUUUCAUGUUCCGAGUUGGAGAUCUGAGAAAAAGCAUGAUCAUUAGCGCCUCUCUGAGGAUCCAAGUUAUACGCAAAACGGUGACCCCCGAAGGGGAGGUCAUCCCUAUUCACCAAAUUGACAUCCCUGUGGAAAACGCAAUGGAAAGCAAUAACAUCUUUCUGGUAGCUCCACUAAUCAUCAGUCAUGUCAUUGACAAGAGAAGCCCGUUAUAUGAGAUCUCUGCAUCUGACUUGUCAACCCAAGAUCUUGAAGUCAUUGUUAUACUUGAAGGAGUUGUGGAAACUACAGGCAUCACCACACAAGCUAGAACAUCCUAUAUCACUGAAGAAAUUCUUUGGGGUCAUCGUUUUGUCUCCGUUGUAACUGAGGAAGAUGGAAUCUAUUCUGUGGAUUAUUCCAAAUUUGGGAAUACUGUUAAAGUGGCUGCUCCACAAUGCAGCGCAAGAGAGCUUGAUGAAAAACCAUCAAUCCUCAUCCAAACACUCCAGAAGAGUGAACUGUCCCACCAGAACUCUCUCAGGAAACGGAAUUCCAUGAGAAGAAAUAACUCUAUGAGAAGAAACAACUCAAUGCGGAGAAAUAACUCGGGACUCAUUGUACCCAAAGUGCAAUUUAUGGGACCAGAACAGAACAAAUGCUCCAUGGAUACAUAACGAACGUUCUACAGAGACUUGCCAUGGCAUGUUUUGUUGUUUUUUUUUACAUAAUGUUUUUUACAGAUUAAAUUAGCUCAUAUAAGACACACAU